UGAUUGUUAUGAAGAUAGUGAGGAAGUGAUGAGCACCACAACUUGCACCAUGAAACUCUCCCACCUCUCCUCCCUCCUCACACUCACACUCUUCUUCUUCUGCUGCUUCCAAUUAAAAGCAGAAGCUUCCACGCCCCUCUCGCAACUACCACACCCACUGGACCCUCUCUCACCUCAAGAACUCACCCUCGUCCAAACCACAGUCCUAAACAAAUACCCUAAACCCACCAACACCGUCUUCUUCCACUACGUGGGCCUCGACGACCCCGACAAGGGCACCGUCCUAAAAAGCCUCGCAUCCCAUUCCGAGGCCCCGCGCAACGCCUUCGUCAUCGCUAUCAUCAACGGCCAAAGCCACGAACUCACCGUGAACCUGCGACGCUCCAACGUUGUCGUCUCCGACGAAGUCCACCAGGGAAAGGGGUUCCCCACGUUGACGGUGGAGGAGCAGAGCGAGGCCGUGGAGCUUCCCCUGAAGUACGGUCCCUUCGUGGAGUCGGUGGAGAAGAGGGGCUUGAACCUGUCGGAGGUUGUGUGCUCCACCUUCACCGUUGGGUGGUUCGGGGAAAACGAUGAGAGGAAAAGGGUUUUGAGGAUCGAGUGUUUCUUGAAGAAUGGGAGUGCGAACAUAUACGUGAGGCCCAUUAAUGGAAUAACCAUUUUGGCUGAUAUUGAAAGAAUGAAGAUUGUUGAGUACCGUGAUAACGCUGUUGAGCCUGUUCCUAAGGCGGAGAAUACUGAAUACCGAGCUUCGCAUUUGAAACCACCGUUUAGUCCUAACCUUCGUUCUUAUGGCUCUCAUCAACCUCAAGGACCAGGGUUCACUAUCAAAGGACACACUCUCAGCUGGGCCAACUGGAAGUUCCAUGUAGGGUAUGAUGUGAGAGCUGGUGUGAUAAUUUCAACUGCAUCAAUUUACGACCCCGAAGUGCAUAAAUCUCGUUCAGUACUAUACAGAGGGUACAUUUCUGAACUAUUUGUGCCAUACCAAGAUCCAACUGAAGAAUGGUAUUACAAGACCUACUUUGAUGCUGGUGAAUUUGGGUUUGGUCAAUCUAUGGUUUCUUUGGAACCUCUGCAUGAUUGUCCACCACAAGCACAGUUCUUAGAUAUGUAUUUUGCUGGAAGAGAUGGUACCCCACAACACUUGGAAAAUGCAAUUUGUGUGUUUGAACAAUAUGGUGGUAUCAGCUGGCGUCACACUGAAACUGGCAUUCCCAAUGAGGAAAUACGAGAAGUUAGAUCUGACGUGAGUCUAAUUGUUAGAUCAGUAGUUACCGUCGGCAACUAUGAUAAUGUAAUAGACUGGGAGUUCAAGCCAAGUGGUUCAAUCAAGCCUACGAUAUCCCUAUCAGGCAUGUUGGAAAUUAAAGCAGUAGACAUUACUCACACGGAGCAAAUAAAAGAAGACCAACAUGGCACAUUGGUCUCAGAAAACAGCAUUGGUGUUUACCAUGAUCAUUACUACAUAUACCAUCUUGACUUUGACAUCGAUGGUGUGGACAACUCCUUUGUGAAGACCAAUCUGAAGACAGUGAAAGUGAGCGACAACAGUUCAAAGAGAAAGAGCUAUUGGACAACUAGCAGUGAAAUUGUGAAGACUGAGUCUGAUGCAAAGAUAAAACUUGGGUUCACCCCAUCUGAGUUAGCAGUGGUGAACCCUAGCAAGAAGACUUCCACUGGGAAUGAGGUGGGGUACCGUUUGGUUCCAAAUGCAGCAGUUCAUCCCCUUCUCACAGAGGAUGAUUACCCUCAAACAAGAGGUGCUUUCACCAAUUACAAUGUUUGGGUUACACCAUAUAAUAAGACUCAGAAAUGGGCUGGGGGAUUAUAUGUUGAUCAGAGUCGUGGAGAUGAUACUUUGGCUGUUUGGACUAAGCAGAAUAGGGGUAUUGAGAACAAGGACAUUGUGUUGUGGUACGUAGUGGGAAUCCACCAUGUUCCAUGUCAAGAGGAUUUUCCAAUAAUGCCCUUGUUGAGCACUGGAUUUGAAUUGAGGCCUACAAAUUUCUUUGAGAGAAAUCCAGUUCUUAAGACCCUUUCUCCAGGCAUUGUUGAAUGGCCAAAUUGUGGAAAGCCAUAGAUUCCAUUUUGUGCUUUGCCACUUUCAGUGCAUUGUUGAUCGAGAACCAGAGAAAGAUUGAUUUUACUCAUCGAUCAUGUGUUGUGCUGUCAUGGGAAAUUGAUAAAUUUCAAUAAAUGAUUAAUUAUUCUA